UUGAUUUGCAGCAGAUUUUCUGGACUCCCGUCCUGAGACGAGCGUCGGUUCCUCCACAUCGCAUCUUCCUCCAGUGAUUCAGUCACCACUGGCCUCUUCCUCUCCAACAGAACCAACCUUUAAACAACCACUGAAGAAAAGCACUUAUAGAUCUACAUCUUCGCUCCCUGAGAAAACAUCUGAUGAAUUUCACCAACCGCGCUCACCUAAUCCUGUACCAGUUGCUAAAUCUACAUCGGAUAAACCUCAAAGCAUCAAACAGACGACAGAAGUUACAGAAAACAUCGACCAGGAGACAUUGAAGGAGGAUGUCAGCAGUUUAUCUCCUGAUAAAGAGCUGAAUGAACUCAGUUCGGCUCCACGUUCUGGAUCAGGAUCAAAGCUGAGCCCGUCUCCUCCUCCAUCCCGGCUGGAUUCACAGCGCUGGCCUGUGCUGCCUCCCAUCUCCCCAAAAAGAGGUUCCUCUGCAGCGUCAGGCUGUUCUGAGAUCAGCUGCAGUCAGUCUCAGAUGUUUGAUGAACUGGAAGUCAUCGCUCCACUUUCAGCUUCCUCUUUGUCUCUGGAUCGAGCAUCCGACUCUUCGGACUCGCCUCGCUCACCUGGCUCACCUCUCACAGAUUUGUCUCCGGGCCUGGCGGCACUCACUGUGGGCUGCGACUCUGGGAAUCUGGGCUCCUUAUCCCGGGUCCAGCUGCUGCUGCUGGACCGGCCGGUACCACACACCGACCUGGACAAGGGAUUCUCCCCGGUCCAGGAAUGGUCUCACCUGACGUCACCGUACGAACUCCCAGAAUGCAUCUCACCAGGUCCUGAUGAUGAUGAUUUCUCUGCGGUUUUGUCAGGUCAUUCAAGGCCUCUCACAGCUGGCAGCAACUCUGAAAGGUGCGACUCUGCAGGGAAACUCCAGGAGAAUAAAUCGAACUGGUCUGAUGGAGGUUCUGCGUCUCCGUCUUCCUGGAUCGUCGACCCGAGUCCGUCGCUGGAAAUGCUCCGGUCCUCUGGUUCCUCCCUCCUCUCCAAUGAGAAGAACUCGGCCGAGGACGGACCGCACCAUCCAGAAAGGAGCAGCCAUGUUCUGAUGGACGGAGAGCGAGUUGAGGAGCGGGACGAGGCGAUGGAGGAGAGGAAAACCAAGGCGCUGAGCUUGCUCUCCAAGCUGCAGGACAACGCCCCACAGCGGAGCAAAACCAGCAGGAGCCGCUCCAACUUUGAGGACUUCGACUUUCUGGCAAAGUAUUGCAUUUUCAGUCAGGAGAAGCUGGUGGAGUACAAAAGGGCUUUUGAAGCAGAGGACAGCGACUCUGACGGCUACAUCUCCUGCCUGCAGGUUCUGCUCGCUCUCAAAACCAUCAUCCCUACUGAGCUGCUGUCUGAAAAAGAAGAGAUCUACGUCUACAGGAUCCUGGAGAUGGUGGACUUCAGGGUGACAGAUGGGCUGGUGGACCUGAGGCUGUUCGCCGUGAUUGCGAGCCUGGCGCAGAAAAUAGCCUCCAUGGAUGAGUUCAUGCGAUCCCUCAUCGACAGCAUGGACCUGCGCUCCCUUGAAGUGCGUCUCUUUAAAGCGAAGCAGCUCUUCCUGUUCCUCCUGGAGGAUCAGCGCGACGCCUCCGGAGCUCAGCGGGGCUUCAUCAGCGGCGAGCAGCUGCUUCUGGAGCUGAAGGCCGGCGGCAUCCACCUGGAGCAGGAGGCGGCCGUCAGGCUGGAGCUGGAGCGCGUUCCUCCGCUGGACCUGCUGGACUUCCUGGCCUACCUGCCCCUCUUCAUGCUCAUCCACCAAUCAGUGAUCGCCAACCCGCUCGACGACUCCGGCCACUGCUGAGCUCUGCAGUGGCAUGUUGGGCCUCAGGGCUCAGAAGAUCGGUAGAAUAACAUAUUAAAGGGAAUAAAUUAC